AAGUUCACAAUGGUGGUCCUUGACUUUGAGCUGUUGUUUUUCUUGCAGAAGAUCCAUUACUGUAGAGAUUUUUUUGCGGUCAGUGAAUUUCGGAUUUGUUUCCGUUUCAAAUUUUAUUUGGAAGUGUCGAAUUCGAGUGAAAAGAAAAGUUAUUGCGGUAAUUUUCCGUACAAUCGAUUCUGUUUCACGAGUGAUAAAAUAAAUUAACACGAAUAAAGAGAACGGAUUGUUAGCAUUCUCGUGUUUCAUUUUUAAACUUUUGGUUGGUAUCGUGCACAUUUGUAUUAUGUGUGGGACAAACAGCAGUACCUGGACGAACUUGUAAGACUAUUUCGAGAAUUGUGGAUUUGGUUAUUGUCUCGCUUCUCCGUCGUGACAUUUCAGUGUUGCUUCUACGAUUUGCUGUAAAUCAUAGGCCUCUAGCUUAGUCAUGAUUCCAGUGACAUGGGCGACAUGUAAUUAUGCUCAUCGCUUGCGAUUGAAUUUCACCUUUAAUAAGCAACUUAUGUGUUUAAGGCAUAGUUUGAUUGUGGCAUGACCAAGUCCACGCAGAGCGUCUAUGGCCGAGCAACCUAACUGUGUUCCCGGGGGGUCAGAGUUGCUUCUCAGUACAGCUGGGGCUGCCACUAGGCGUAACACCAAUAAGAGUACAGUCAAGUCUGCUUCAAGAAAGCGUGGGGGAUCUGCUGCUCAUCAUCCAGCUAGCUCAAAACGUUCAAAGUGUUUUGACGAUAAAGGAGAAUUUGUACCAUUUGAAUUAUAUACUACGAGAAAAAGUAAGGAAUUUGCUACGGCGCCUGCAAGAUCUAGAGGCAGUGGCAGGCCCGAUAGUCCGGGUGUCACAGGGCGCAGUAAUAAGGGGUCUGCAUCGGGCCACAGACCCAUUGUUGCCAGAACUGAAAUUAUUGAAACACAGGAGACGCCGCCAAAACAAGAACGUGUUGAUACAAGUGGAGGAGGAAAGAGCCACGAGAAGCCUUCUAGAUUUAGGGGGCGAACCAGGGUAACAGAUUUAUCUGUGGAAAGUGGUGCUUCAACAGUGUAUUCUUGCUCCUCUGUUGGAGACACUGUCAACCAAUCACCUUGUUCUGGAAGUUUAAGUUCAGUCGGCUGUAGAACCAAGAGUCACUUGGAAACUGUCGAGCCGGACACCCAGAAACGACGUGUGUCAGGAACCAGAACCUCUUCUCGUUUGGCAUCUGUAACUGCUGAAGCUCGCAGUUCUCGGUCAAGUUCCCUUGCAUCUUACCCAGGGGAGGAGACACCUUCAGGAACCCCGCCAGUACAAAAUCUUUCACAGAAAUCAGGCAGAAAGCCAGCAUCUGUUACUUCUUAUAUAAGUUAUAAGACUGCAUCACAUUCGAAACGUCCUACUUCUCAUUCAGAGGCCUCACCCAAGACUAAUUCUGUAUCAGUAAAGAAUCGUAGAGCUUUGAAAGAAAGCAAAGGUGAGAAAAUCGUUGAAAAAAAGACAAGAGAAUCCUCUAGAGCUGAAACUGUUGUUGCCUCUAGUAAAGAGAAAUACAACGGCAACAAUAAUUUGGCAUCAGUUACAAUAAGCAGUCAAGAGACAGUGAAGCUGAAGAAAGGAACAGCAACACUUGACAAUAAGAGGCAAGCAGCUCGAAAAUCUCAGGCUAAGGAAGGAAGCACUUCUCAGUCAGCUCCUGUAAAGAACAUUUAUAAAACAAAAAAAGUCUUGGAUGCACAGCACUCUUCAGGAUCUGCAUGUUCUCAGAAAGUUACAGAACCUGUUGCUGAACUGAAGUACCCCCUCAGAAAUCGCAUUAGACUUAGUGAACAAAAUUUACUGUUGCCGGGAUCAAGUGACAGUAGCAGCGGCAACAGCAGCAACACAAGUAUUUGUUAUACGCCUCCCUCAUCUGCUUUGUUGCCUCGCCGCAUCACUGUGGUUCCCAAGAAGAAAGCCAAAGUUGGUGAAAGCUCCAAAAAUUUGGUUGCAUUUGCAAACUCUACAUCUAGUAAGAAGACAGAAAGCCCCAACACAGGUGAGGGGCCCGUGUUACGCCGGACCUCUCGCAGCAAGGCCACCACGGGUUCGUGUGCCAGUAGCAGUGUUUGCAGCCGCCGCUCGUCCCGGGCUGGAAAAGCCUCCUUGCCUGGGGCCACUGCUGCUGCCGCUGCGGCGACAGCGACAGCGACGGCUGCAACAUCAUCAACUGCUUCAGGAGCUGCCAUGUCCUCUGGUACCCAGGAAACAACGGGGUCAGAAUCUCAUCCAACAAACAGUGUUCCAGGGGGCAAUCAAGUUCCUGUUGAAGAGCCUGCAAGUGCUGCCUCUGCAGUUCCAUCAGCAUCGGGUAUUCCUUCAGGAAUGCCGUCAAGUGCUCCAGACAGUGAGAGUGAUGAUAGUGAAGUAGGACGUUUGCAGGCACUUUUGGAAGCGAGAGGACUGCCACCUCAUUUAUUUGGUGCAUUAGGACCUCGAAUGCAAACCCUUCUGCAUCGUAGUAUGGGUGCCAGCUCGUCUUCCAAAGCACAACAGCUACUUCAAGGUGUGCAAGCGACAGGUGAUGAAGGGCAACAGCUCCAGGCUGUUAUGGAGAUGUGUCAGAUGUUGGUUAUGGGAAAUGAGGACACGCUGGCUGGAUUUCCGGUGAAACAAGUUGUACCUGCACUUAUUACACUUCUUGGGAUGGAACAUAACUUUGAACUGAUGAAUCAUGCCUGUCGUGCCUUGACGUACAUGAUGGAAGCCCUUCCGAGAUCCUCUGCUGUUGUCGUGGAUGCUGUACCUGUCUUUCUGGAAAAGCUGCAAGUGAUUCAGUGUAUGGAUGUUGCAGAACAGUCCCUCACAGCUCUGGAGAUGUUGUCUCGCAGGCAUAGCAAGGCAAUCCUCCAAGCACGUGGUGUGUCAGCCUGCUUGAUGUACCUUGACUUCUUCAGCAUCAAUGCACAGCGUGCAGCCUUAGCUAUCACGGCAAACUGUUGCCAAAAUUUACACGCUGAUGAAUUCCAUUUCGUAGCAGAUUCAAUGGCCUUGUUAGCAAAUCGUCUAACACAGCAAGACAAGAAAAGUGUUGAGAGUGUGUGCUUAGCUUUCAGUCGGCUUGUGGACAGUUUCCAAGCAGAUCCUUGUAAACUACAGGAGAUAGCCAGUCCAGAACUGCUUACAAAUUUGCAGCAACUGCUUGUUCUGUCACCACCAGUAAUUAGCACAGGGACAUUCAUUACUGUUCUUCGCAUGAUGUCAGUGAUGUGUUCAAAUUGUCCAGAUCUUGCACUAACUCUGCUCAAGCAGAACAUUGCAGAAACAUUAUGUUACCUCCUAACUGGAUCAGGGGACUGCAGUAAUGAGGAGAUUGAACUGGUGUCUCGCAGCCCGCAGGAGCUGUAUGAAAUAACUUGCCUUAUCGGAGAGCUUAUGCCACGUCUACCUACUGAUGGAAUAUUCACAGUUGAUGCUCUUUUGGAAAGGCCAAAUAACCAUGUUCAUGAUACCGUUCAAUGGCAGUGGAGGGAUGACCGUGGCUUGUGGCACCCAUACAGUACCAUAGACUCUCGCAUAAUUGAGCAGAUAAAUGAAGACACUGGGACAACGCGGCCAGUCCAGCGUCGUCUGAAUCCUGUGUCUCUAGCUGCUACUGUGGAUAUGAGCUCUGGGACUGUUACGGCUGGAAGCAGUUCGAUGUCUGUCAGUAGCUCAAACCCAGCAGACAAUAUGCAUUCCACAGGUUCUCAUGCAAACAUUGUUAGCCCAACAACAAGUAUUCAGCUACCUCCUUGUUUUGGUGGUGGAUCAUCAGUUAGUUCAAAUUCAGAAAGCAACUUGAGUGAAAAUAGUGGAAUCAGCAAUGCUCAAAUGAAUGGCAGUAACAGUUCCCGUGAUGCACGUGUUGCGUGUCUGCGUGAAGAACAUGGACUUGCUGCUUCAUUCAUCCGUUCUUUAUUCAGUGUUUUGUAUGAAGUAUACAGUUCAUCAGCUGGACCAGCUGUUCGUUGUAAAUGUUUGCGUGCCUUGCUACGAAUGGUGUAUUAUGCUUCUCCAGAUCUUCUUAAGGAGGUACUAAAAAACCAGGUAGUAUCUAGCCAUAUUGCUGGAAUGAUGGCUUCUCAGGAUCUCAGAAUUGUAGUUGGAGCAUUACAAAUGGCAGAAAUUUUGAUGCAAAAGCUUCCUGAUGUGUUUGGUGUUCACUUCAGGAGAGAAGGUGUGAUGUAUCAAAUCAAGCAGUUGGCAGAUCCUGAUGUGCCAUUAGGAGUUAACCUUCCAAAAGGCCAGAACAGUGUUGGUGGUGCAUCAGUGCCCCUGAAGCAGGAAUCAAUUUGUUCUCUUGCACCACAGCCUGGCCCUUCAUCUGCUCACAUCUGUAGCGGUAGUAGCCAGCCAACUGUUAGCACCAGCCCUACUGGCAGCAGUCCAAAUGGCAGCAUUUUGCAGCUCGUUUCAGGUGGGAGUUUGAACAGCCAGCUGGGCAGUGGAGCAAGUCUGGUUUUUAGCAGCAGUAGCAGUCAGAAUCUGAAUCCAAGUCCUGAAGCCAGACGCAUAUUCCAGCAGCAUGAGUCAUCUAACUUGGGCGAUGAUGUGAGGUCACCAAGUCCAUCACAGCUACGUCUAAGUGAUGUUCUAAAAAGGAAGCGAACACCUAAAAGAAAUAUGACAUCAAAUAGGAAAUCUCGUCAAGAUGAUAGUUUAUCCUCUUCAGUGAUGCAGGAUUUUUUCUCAAAAGCAACUUCACUGGGCAGCUCUGGAAGGUCCACACCAACAGGUACAGCCCGUUCCCGCUUUGCAGGAGCAACUUCUAAAACAACAAGCUUUUUAGCAAGUCUUAAUCCUGCUCGAUGGGGUCGCAAUGCAAAUUCUAGUAGCUCCGGAGCCUCAGAGAGACACUUUCAUAAGGAAUCUUCCAUCACAAAGUCGCCAAGUAAUCCUAAUCUUUCUGCUGGUAAUAAGGAGAAAGCUCGUACAUGGAUAAGAGAACAGGCUCAGCAUUUCAUUCAAAUUUAUUCAGGCCAUGAAGUCAGUGGGCCAGCACAUCCAGCAAUGAAUGUUCUUGCUAGACUUACUCAAGCCAUCACAAAACUUCAGUCACAGCCUAAUGAAAGCUUGGGUGCGCUUCAAGAGCUGCGAAGUAUUGUCAUAGAAUCUGAUAUCUCUCCAUUUGAAGUGAACCACAGUGGUCUUAUCAGAGCUCUCCUGCAGUACUUGACUAAGGAGGACAGCCCAGUGGAUUCAAGGGAGCAACGACUGCGAACAUUUCUGCAUGUUUUUGCAGGAUGCCCACUGGACUCAGAAUACACAUGUACUCCACCUGAUUGGAAUCCGUCGUCAUUGUCAGCACUUGUGGCCAAACUUAGUGGUUGUGUGUCCCAGUUAGAACAGUUUCCAGUAAAAGUGCAUGACUUGCCGGCUGGGUCUGGUACUAGCAGAGGAGGCGGUACUAGUGCUCUAAAAUUUUUCAACACUCAUCAACUGAAGUGCAAUUUACAACGACAUCCAGACUGCAGCAAUCUGAAACAAUGGAAAGGAGGAACAGUCAAGAUAGAUCCACUUGCACUAGUUCAAGCUAUAGAAAGAUACUUGGUUGUUAGAGGCUAUGGUAGACUGAAAGAUAAAGAUUCUGGAGAGUCAGAUGAUGACAACAGUGAAGAGGAUAUUGACGAUACAUUGGCUGCUGUUGUCAUUAGCCAAGGUAGUGCGAGGCAUCGUUUGCAAUUCAUGAUUGGAGAUCAGGUUUUACCAUAUAACAUGACUGUGUAUCAAGCUGUUCGGCAAUUUAGUUCAGUUGGAAAUGAUCAGUCAGAGACUGACACAGACAAUGAAGCUCCACUUGGCAAUUCGGGUGUGUGGGUUCAGACACACACUAUUUAUUACAAGCCUGUUCCAGAAGAGGAUGCAGCAGUAACUGUGAAACCCAGUUUGACCAGUUCUGGUCGUAAAGGCAAGGGUACCAGCACAAAAGCCAAUUCUCGCAGUCGCAAGGGAGACAGCCUUUGGAAUGAUGGCAUUGUUCCAUCAUUGAACUCUCCACUGGUGCCAUUUUUAACAUCACGUCUUCCUGAUUCUGUCACAGUGCAGGAUGCCUCACUUGAAGUCUUGUGUCUGCUUAGGGUACUACAUGCUUUGAACAGAUACUGGGGCACCUUGUACACAGCUGUUGAAUAUCAACCUAUUGUUACUCAACAGGAGUUCAUAAACAGUAAAAUUGCUGCUAAAGCCAGCAGGCAACUUCAAGAUCCGUUGGUAAUAAUGACAGGCAAUCUACCAUCAUGGUUACAGCAGAUAGCAUCUGCAUGCCCCUUUCUUUUUCCAUUUGAGACACGUCAGCUACUUUUCUAUGCAACCUCCUUUGACCGUGACCGAGCACUGCAGCGGUUGUUGGAUUCGACACCAGAACUUAGCAAUUCAGAUUCCCAGGAACGUGUAACUCCACGACUCGACAGACGUAAACGUGUCAUAUCGCGUGACGACAUAUUGAAGCAAGCUGAACACCUUAUGCAGGAGCUGGCUAGUUCCAGAGCUUUACUCGAAGUCCAGUAUCAUGAUGAGGUGGGAACAGGACUUGGUCCAACAUUGGAGUUCUAUGCUCUCGUAUCUCGUGAACUGCAGCGUGCAGAUUUGGAGUUAUGGAAUGGAGAACGUACAGAGCCAACUGACAGUGAAGGUGGCACCAGUUACAUUCAUUCACCGGUUGGCCUUUUCCCAACACCUCUUCCUCGCACAGCAAAGUCCAGUACUGUUGCCAAAGUCAAGAGCAAAUUUAGGUUUCUUGGAAAAUUAAUGGCAAAAGCUGUAAUGGAUUCCAGAAUGCUGGAUCUGCCGUUCAGUGUUGUAUUUUAUCGUUGGCUACUGGGGCACGAAGGAACUCUCUCACUACCUGACCUGGCUCACGUGUGCCCGGCAGUUCAUGCUACACUGGGUAGACUCCAACAGGUUUCUCGUCUGAGAGAUCGCCUCGCCCAGGACCCACAACGUCGCCACCUUAUUGAACAUCUAGAUCUGGAUGGCUGUCCUAUAGCUGACCUUGGACUUGAUUUCACAUUACCUGGUCAUGCCAAUGUGGAAAUGUGUCGUGGUGGCAAAGACAUGGCACUCACAGUACAUACAAUUGACCAUUACAUUAAGCUUGUCUGCCACUGGUUCCUGGUUGAAGGUGUUUCAAGACAAAUGGAAGCCCUUCGUGAAGGGUUUGAGUCUGUUUUUCCACUUUCUCAUUUGCACAUGUUUUACCCGGAGGAAUUGGAAGCUGUUUUCUGUGGUGGUGUUGCAUCCUCAUCCGGUUGGGACGUCAAAAUGCUUAUGGAAUGCUGCCGACCAGAUCAUGGAUAUACACCAGACUCUCGUGCUAUUCGUUUCUUAUUUGAAAUUCUAAGUCUUUAUGAUAGUGAAGAACGGCGACUUUUUAUCCAGUUUGUUACUGGGUCUCCAAGGCUGCCUGUUGGAGGAUUCAAAAGUCUAUCCCCACCGCUCACAGUUGUUCGUAAAACACUGGAACCAAAUAUGAACCCCGAUGACUUUUUACCAUCUGUGAUGACUUGUGUAAACUACCUCAAACUACCAGAUUAUUCUUCAAUUGAAGUGAUGAAGGCCAAGUUAAAACUUGCUGCUAUGGAAGGACAGCAUUCUUUCCAUUUAUCGUAGUAUCAGCACUUGGACUGUUGAGAUUAAUAAAGAAUAUUUGAACAGUAUUGCUAGUUUGAAUAAUGAUGCUCAGAGGGAACGAAAAUAGUGCUAUUACACAGACUGAAAAUUCUGAGUAUUGUUUUCAAAAACACAGAAGUGUUUGUUUUUUUUAUUAAGCUGUGAUUACUCUGUUAGCUUUGGUUGUUCCGCCAGUAUAACAGAAAUGUGUGUUUUUUAUUUGCAGAAUAGCUCAGUCAUAAAUGACAUAUUUUUGGUGAAAUGACUUUUCCUCACUUUUACCAAAUGUAAAUACUUGCUUUUACCACUGUCACCCAAGUUAAAACAAAUAUUAGUGAGCCCUAUUGCUCAAGAUUCCAAACUGGGCAUUAUUAUUCUGCUUGUGAUACAUUUACAUAGUCAGCUGUCAUACUGAGAAAGUUUGAAUAUGAAAUUUUACACUUGUGUGUUGUGUAAAAUGAACUGUUAAAAUGUUACACUGUGAUUUCGUACUGAAAGAACUACAUUGAUGAGAAGAAAAUGGUGAUAUGAUCUGCCUUCUAGGAGAGGCCUGCUGUUGCAUUUUUCAUUGUGCAUUUGUGUGUUUGUGAGUGAAUACUGAAUGACUAAGUAAGAAAUUGAUAGUAAGAAUUGUUUAUGGACUUUUUAUAUAUCCUAUCUGAAGAACCUAGUGUACAGACAGUGUGUUUUCAUAAAAUAUUAUUUGAGGAAGUAAGAGUGAGUGUCUGGAUGAACAAACAAGUGAAAGAAGUGAGAUACAUAAAUAUAGCUAUCCUUUGUGCCCUGUUUGAUAUAUUUAAAAUUGUUUUGUGUUUUGGUUUCCUUUCUUAUCACAAAUUGUGUUUAUUGUUUAAUUUUCUUUUGUUGUGCAGGAAGACUGUCUUAACCUCAGUGUGAUAUUUCACCUAGCAAACUUUGCACAUAAAAAUUUUUUUUAAACAGAAGUUAAUUUGGGUAAAUACUCAGUGUAAGCAUUAUUUAAAAUUUUCCACAUUAAGUUGACAAGCUAUUUGAACUAAAUGAAAACUGUUUUCCAACACAGAGGAAAAGUCAUUAUUGUAAAAUUAUGUCUGCUUUACUAAAUUCAUCUUUUGAUUAAGUGUGUACCUGUUUGUGAGAACAAAUUUGAACUUCACAGAUAACAUUAAAUUACUGUGAAUAAUCUUUUAAAUUUGGAAUUCUUUGCUGUCUUGGAAAGUAAUCAUUGACUCUUUCAUUCAAACUUUAUGAUUGAAAGGGUGUGGAAAUAAUGGCUAUUGCAUUAGUAUUUCAGGUAAAAUUGGAUAUCAGGCCAGAGAAGUGUUUUAGGACAAGAAUUUUAAUUGUUACAUUUCUGGAGCUACAACUGGAGCAUCAGAGUUAUACCUUCUCUCAUUUGUUUUCUAAAUGCCUGUAUGUACAUUGUCUGAAUUGUUGAAGAGUCCAUCAUUUGUGGAUUUGUCUGCAUCUUCCUUAUUUUUAUCCCCAAGAAUUUAUUUUGUUUUGUGAAUAAAAGAAAUAGAAAUUUGA